AUGGUCUACACCCCGCCAAACGAGCUCGAAGAAUCGAAACCAUCAACGUCGACUCAACACUCCAACUCGGCACCCGCAUCGGCACCCGCACCUUUGACUUCAACCUCACACACCCCUGCCACUGCCGUCAAUGCACCAGCGACGUUGAACACCGACGCAGCACCAGUCCAGGCAGAUACAACAGCGCCAAAUGCGUCGAGUAAAAAGGACAAGAAGCGCAAGAAACGUGAAUCCCCACCGCCGGGCGAGACGCGUGCAGAGAGGAAAAAGCGAAAAAAGGAGGAACGUGCGGUGCGCAAAAAGGAAAAGCUACGUAAAAAGGCUGAAGAGAAGGCCGCAAAGGCUGCGGAGAUGAAGGCGCGAAAACAGGCGAAACAGGCCCUCAAGUUUGGUGGAGCAGCGAAGAUGGCCACUCGUGCAGCAGAGGAGACUGGAACUACAGAGCCUCUGGUAGAACUCGCCGAUCCCGCAGUCGAUGUGAUCAUGGAUGAAAGCGCCGUUCUCGCUCUCGACGGCCAAGUCGCUCAACCUCAGCCUCAACAGACUCAACUGAGCGAAAGUCGUGUUGAAAAAGACGAUACGGACGGUAAAUCAAAAGAGAAGAAGAAGAAGAAAAAGGACAAGUCAAAGCCAGAGCAAGCGCAGCCUAAUGGUGAAUCCACCACGGCCGACCCAUUGCAAGAGGGGGAGAAUCAAGAGGUUAAAAAGAAGAAGAAAGACAAGAAGAAAAAGGAGAAUGGUGUCUUGGAGGCUUCCAACGCCAUGGAGGUUGAUGCCACACUCGAGUCUGCACCAGCGUCGACAAGCGGCACCAAGUCGAAGAAGCGCAAACGCGAAGACGAUGAUGUGGGUGGGAAGGAUGAUGUCGAAGAAGAGACGAGGGUAUCUCUAGAAAAGCUGUCGUUCAAGGAGAAAGCGAAAGCAGAGAAAAAGGCUCGCAAAGCUGCAAAGGCUGCCAAAAAGGCACAGGAAGGCACUGAAGCAGCAUGA